AUGCGACCAGGCGAGCCCGCUGCGACGGUUGAUGUCUUCGUCGCAGAAUUCGAUGGCGUGCGAUACCUACUUAAAGAUGAGGAUGCAUCCACUAUUCUCCUCUCCGUACACCUUCCCCAACACACGGCCGCAACAAGCGCCGCAGAUCCCGCAGAAGCAGCCGCCGCCGCAGCGGCGGUGAUCCCCCCUGAACUAGCGACCAGUGACGGGUUGCCAAGUGGCGCGAUGGACGCGGUAAACGCGGCGUACCGUGGGAUCGCGACGGUGCUGACACCGCCGUCGAGCAACUACCACCUUACCCUAAUGGUGGAUCUUAAGAAGCUCCCAGAGGAGCAGCAAGCGCGCGCCGCGAUCGCGGCGAAACUAGCCGCGGUGCGGUCAGUCGUCCUCGGCGCGCCGCUGCGCGCCAUGCUGACCGCGCUGGCGGAAGGCGGGGCGGCGGAAUCGAAGGGCGCGGGGGGAGAGGCCGCGGGGGAAGAGGGUGCGGGCGGGGGAAACGCGAUGAAAGCCAUAGUGCACCGGCCCGGGGAGGUGUUUUUCGCGUCGCUGUCGAGCAAAGGCGAUCACGUGAAAAUCAUAUUUCCGGUGCAGUUCCACGACACGAGUGACGCCAUCCUCGCUGCCGCCUUCCUCCAGGAGCUAGCAGAGGCGCGCAAGGGCGGGGGACUGUCAUGGGCGCCGGAGUGCGCCUUCUCGCGCACGCUUCCCCCAGACCUGGACGGUGCGCCCGCGCAGUACCUGACGGCGAACGUGGGGUUCGUGACGCUGCAGGUGGCGCGGCGCCACGUGGAGGGCCCGCGCGCGGAGCGCGUGGCGUGGCACGUGUGCUCCUUCCACUCGUUUGUGGCGCACCACGUGCGCCGCGCCAAGGGGCUCCUGCACACGCGCAUGCGCCGGCGGGGGGAUGCUCUUAACCAGGGGAAGUGA